ACCUCCAAAUAAACGAAGAAGAACGGGUUCCUCAGCUAAGGAAAAUGGCUGACGUUGAGAUGGACAUCACGUCCAGGGGAAUGAAUAAUGGCAACGAACACGUGAAGCAGGAUCUGGAAAGCCAUGAACGUGGAAGUGGAAACGAGGACAGUGGGGACUUGUCUGAGGAGGAGGGGGAGGAGGAGGGAGAGGAGGAGGCAGCAGAAGCUAAUGGAGAGAAGACGGAGCAGGGGCCCAAGCAUCACAGCAGCAGCGGGAAGCAUAAGAGGAAAAAACACAAGCACCGCAGUAAGCACAAAAAGCACAAACAUGCGUCCGACGAGGACAAGGACCGCAAACGCAAGCACCGUCACAAACACAGGAAACACAAACGCAAAGAGGGCGCCUCUCCCUCCGGGGCCGCCAUCUUCAGCGCCCCCGGCAACAAAAAGACGGAAUCCUCCCCCUCCUCCGGGAAUCCCAGUCUGGACGACAGGGCCUUGCUGGAGGAUUUGGAGAAACAGAGGGCCAUGAUCAAAGCUGAGCUGGACAGCCAGUUGAUGGAGGGGAAGGUCCAGUCCGGCAUGGGUCUGAUCCUUCAGGGGUAUAACUCUGGGUCAGAGGAGGACGGAGAGGCGAGGUUCAGAAACGGAGAACAGCGUCCAAAGGGCAGCUCAGGAAAACCCAUAUCCCCCCGAGGGGGGAAAAGUGGCAAAUCUAGACGGGACUCAACGGAGGGCAGUAAAACCAGCUCCAAGCGCCGCAGUCGGAGCAAGUCCGCCGAAAAGCCCGCCAAGGAGUCCAAGCAGGACAAGGGGACCAAAAGCACCAAGGAGACGGGUGCUAAGGACAGAGGCCGCGGCCGGAGCCGGUCGAAAGACAGGAAGCGCUCGGACAGCGCCACCCGCUCCAAGGAGAGAAGAAAGUCCAGCUCCCCCCCCAACGCCCGGGGCGAGCCCAAAGCCGCCCGCCCCGACAAGCGCUCCAGCCCGCCGCGGGAGGACCGACCAAUCCAGGAGCGGGCCGGGCGCCGCUCCCGGUCGCCCAUCCGGGAACGGCCCGGCCGCUCGGACGCCGACCGGGACAAGCGGCCGGCCAAGUCCCCGUAG